CCUGCGGCCCCGCGCGCCCCCUGGCCCCGGCGGCCCCCGAGGAAAACAAGAGGGCGAGCGAGCGCGGCGCUCCCGGGCCGACCCGGCCCCCUCCCCUUAUCAUCGCCGGUCCUCUGCCUCCUUCCUCCGCUUCCACCUCCUCUCCCCCCCCCGCCGCCCCAAGUAGAGGCCCCCUUCGGGGGGGGGGAGGCCCCGGACCGGGAGCGAAUUCCCUCAACUUCCCCAAACGCUCCCCCUCACGGCCCGAGUGUAAGAGGUGGGCCCGCGCCGGCCUGCGUCUGCUGUGAAGAGGACCCCGGGCGGGCCCGCGGGCCGUCUGGGGCCUGGUCCGGCCCGCCGGGCGUGUGGCGGCUGGGGCCCGGCCCGAGGGCGAGCGGAGCGCAGCGGAGGGGAGGGGCCUGGUCCGGCCCGGCCGGUGCGUGAGGACUGGGGCACCGGCCCCGCACGGCCGCCGCCGUCGCGAUGGCCCAGCAGCAGAUGACCAGCUCGCAGAAGGCCCUGAUGCUCGAGCUGAAAUCCCUGCAGGAGGAGCCGGUGGAGGGCUUCCGGAUCACCCUGGUGGAUGAGUCCGACCUCUACAACUGGGAGGUAGCCAUCUUCGGACCCCCCAACACGCUCUACGAAGGCGGCUACUUCAAGGCACAUAUUAAAUUUCCUAUUGACUACCCAUAUUCACCACCUACCUUCAGAUUCUUGACCAAAAUGUGGCACCCCAACAUUUAUGAGAAUGGAGAUGUAUGCAUUUCGAUUCUUCAUCCACCUGUAGAUGACCCACAGAGUGGAGAACUGCCCUCAGAAAGGUGGAACCCUACUCAGAAUGUGAGGACUAUCCUGUUAAGUGUAAUCUCACUGCUUAAUGAGCCCAACACCUUCUCCCCAGCCAAUGUGGAUGCUUCGGUUAUGUUUAGGAAAUGGAGGGACAGCAAAGGAAAAGACAAAGAAUAUGCUGAAAUCAUUAGGAAACAGGUUUCAGCCACUAAGGCCGAAGCAGAAAAAGAUGGAGUAAAGGUCCCCACUACCCUGGCGGAAUACUGCAUCAAAACUAAAGUGCCUUCCAAUGACAACAGCUCAGAUUUGCUUUAUGACGACUUGUACGACGACGAUAUUGAUGAUGAAGAUGAGGAGGAAGAAGAUGCCGACUGUUAUGAUGAUGAUGAUUCUGGGAAUGAGGAGUCGUGACGGGCUCCUUUACUGCCCCUGUAACUGCCCUGCCGUCUCAGGCCAAAGGGAGGGGAGCAAGUGGGGACCUAGCAGUGGCCCCUCAGCAAAAACUUAUUCACAGGGGGUGGGGAAAACAAACACAGCUCCUGCUGGCUCCCCUUAUGGAUCUCAGUUUGCUCCUUUUUAUGGACCUUUAAUGGAGAGAAAGUAAUCCUCCACAGAAUGUCUGAAUUCUUGCAUUCUUUACCCUUCCAUCACUGUAUUGAUUUUUUUUUUUUCUUCAAAAACCACCAUCACCCAAACUCCUGCCUCACUUCAUCUCUACAGAAUGUUCACAGCAAAACACAUUUGGUCUGUUUUUUAGAUUCCUAAAGAAUUAAAUAGUCAAGACAUUUAAUGUGUUUAAAGCUGGGAACCUGUAGGGAGUUCACAAGUGCUGCAUAUAUUGGGUAGCAAAAGGAAAUGGGGGGGAAAAAAAACAAAAAAACCCACAAACCCACAAAAAAAUUGCCAAGGUUUAGCUGCUUAUUCACAUUAGUGUGUGUGCAUUUGUUCAGACCCAUGGUGGUGACUUUUGUUUCUUUCCCUUCCUAAGGCUGGGAAUCGGGGGGCAUCAGGGACUGACUUCAUGCUAAGCUUGAUAAAGUGUGCUUCUUCUGCCUCUAUGAAAUCAUCUAACAUGGAGGCCUCAGCUACUCUGAGGAGAGAUCAGAUUUUGUUUUUUUUGAAAUCGAUUGGGAUCUAAAGCCUAAAAUAAAUAUUCAUACUUUACAUAUAACUGAGCACUUGGUUGCUAUUUAUUUUAAAGGCAGGGUUGUUUUUUUUUCCCACCAAGGAGUGGGGCAAGUGGGGGAAAUGGAAAUUGUGUGAAUUUUUAGUGACCAGAACAGAGUUAAAAAUCACACCAGUUUUGAUUGAUGCUACUGAAGGGGGGAAAAAAAAGUCAAAAGUACUGGUGGCCACUGUUGGAAGAGGAAACAUCGUUUUAUGUAUUUAACUUGGCCUUCCCCUCAAAGAUACACUCUCACCAUGAGGUUUUUUGUUUUGGUUUAAUUUAAUUAGCCACUUUUAAUUACUCAGUAUUAAUCCUAGGUGCAUGUGUUAAGAUUUUUGGUUUUCAUUGAGCUGCUUAUACUAAUAAUGAUAAAUGUGGAAGUGUGUGACAUGA